CGUUUGAACGCAAAGCAGACCGUUGAUGCCAGGGCAGGGCACCCUCCUCCUGGCCUGGCUGCUGGCCGCCGCCGCCGCCCCUUGGGAUCCCUAUAAGCAAGAAUGUGUCUCCAGGGGCAUCCUGUGCCACCCCAAAGCCGUUUGCCAGCUGAAUGAGGACAUGGCCAAUUUCUACUGCAAGUGCUUGCCGGGUUUCGGUGACAAAGGACUAGCCCCCUGCCAAGACAAUGAAGUCAGUGUUACCGCAUUCAAUACAUCGGCCUGUGAUGAAGUUGGGGAACAGGUUUGCCUCAUCCAAGCAUUGCUCGGAAAGAAUGUCACUUUUAGAGCAAACAUCUUUGGAUUCUAUGACUCACAAGAGAUCCACUGGUACAAAUUAUACUCAUCCCAGGGCCCCCAUUUUCCUAGUUAUCGAAAGAGACUGCAGCUUUCCUCCAGAGCGAACUAUCGCUUGUACCUGACCCUCAACUCUAUAAACGAAGAUGAUUUCUACCCCAAUUUGUUCUGGGUCGAGGUGGAACCCAGUCUGGGCAACAGGAAAGUGGUGGAAACAGAGCCCUAUCGCUUCUCAGACUUCGAUAUUUUCAAUCCCUCUCUCAGGAGAUUCUUCUUUAUCCUGGAAAGUGUCCCGAUAGGAGUUUCUGUGAAGCUGGGAAGAGACUCCGUGACCAUCCAUCUGUCCGACUACCUCUCUGUGCCUCCUGCCAGUUUUAUCAAGUGGGCCAAAGAGCCCUCGGGUUUGUCCCUUCUCAGACCCAUGGAUUACGUGUUGCCCAAUGGAUUGGAGGACAUCGCGAUCCGUGGAAACAUGAGCCAGGAUUUUGGACACAUCCGAGCCCUUGUGUACAAUUUUGUCCCUGGCAUCCCUAGCCGGGUGCUGGUGGCACAGAGACUGUUUUCCAUCAAGAACGGAACCAAUGAGUCGCAAAUGGGAACUGAGGCUGAAAUGCAAUGUAUCAGUGGAUUCAAGGCAGAAGGACAACAAUGCGUUGAUAUUGACGAGUGCAAAGAAGGAAUGCCCAAGAAGUGUCUGCCUGAAGCAGGGUGUACCAAUACCAAUGGAUCAUAUCUUUGCCACUGUCCACAAGGAUUUGAAGGCAAUGGGCUGUACCGCUGCCUAGAUCAAGAUGAGUGCAAGAAAGGUACUCACAAUUGUAGCCAAGAUGCCUCUUGCCUAAAUACUCUUGGUUCUUAUGUCUGCAUAUGCCAGAGAGGCUUUAGUGGUGAUGGAAUUCAGUGCAAAGCAAAGAGCAUGUGGUCUCCCUGGUCCCCUUGGUCUGUCUGCUCGGCCACCUGUGGAUUCCAGAACCAGAUGAGGAGUCGGUGGUGCACUCAUCCGGAGAGCAGGACGCGUUGCGAUGGCCCCUCCGCCGAUAUGAAGCUCUGCCCCAAUCUGAAACCCUGCCCCACCAACGGACACUGGUCAGAAUGGUCCCCCUGGUCCACUUGCUCCGAAACCUGUGCCGGAAUUCAGAAGCGAAUCCGCCUCUGCGAUAACCCCGCUCCCACCGGCGGGGGCCAGACCUGCUCCGGUGUAAAAGAAGAAACCAAGGAGUGCCAAACUGAAAAUUGUCCAGUUAAUGGGAUGUGGUCUCCUUGGGAGCCCUGGAGCCCCUGCCCCGAGUCCUGCGGGAUCGGAGUCACCAGACGAUCUCGGCACUGCACAAACCCUGCCCCACUCCACGGGGGAGAGGACUGUGUCGGACAUGGCUACGAAGAGGGUUCCUGUGGAUUUCCAAAAGAAUUUUGCAACUUCAUUAAGUCAUCUUUCGGAAUCUGGUUCCCCAGAGCGAUCCUUUGAUGUCGUCGGAAUUACCCAAGCAAAACUCUGGGAAUUGGAUGGCCCUCUUUCCACUGUACUGUGCAAUAUAUUGUAGUGACUAGAUAAGACUUGGCGAGAGGUGCAUUUUCUUGCAAAUCUGCUCGGCGUAGAUGACUGACGGAUAGGGCCCUGUGCUGUUGAGCUCAA